AUGGGACCGCGGUUACCGUGCUGCAAGUCACACGAGUACACGACGGACACGGACACGAACAAAGGUACGCGCGAAGUGUAUAUACCGUAUGCUUUAUGGUAUAUACCAAUGGCCAAUGCACACCGUAUAUACCUUCUUAUAUUACUCUUUGUAUCAGGCUUUUUCCUAACCUGUGAACUGACCGGCGCCCAAAAUGACCUGUCGUUGACGUACCGAGUGUCUGCCGAGCGAAUUGUACAGGACACCAGUAAUUAUGUGGAAACUCGGAGUGCAGAACAAAAGUUUUUGAAAAAGUACAUGCUAUCGCCAGAUGUGACGUGCAACGACGGAUCUCCGGCAGGGUUUUACGUGCGCCAUUCAAACUCUAGUAAGACAUGGAUAGUGUUUCUCGAAGAGGGCUGGUGUUGUUACGACAAAGCAAGUUGCGAGGAACGUUGGUCGCGAGCCGAAUACCUCAUGUCAUCAAAAGAAUGGCCCGAAACUCGAACAGGCGGAGGGAUAUUGUCCAAUAAUGCGGCUGAAAAUCCUUACUGGUGGCAGGCAAAUCACGUUUUCGUACCGUAUUGUACUAGUGAUAUAUGGACAGGUCGGAGAGCAGAACCACAACACGGGUCUAAAUUCACUUUUAUGGGCUCCAUAGUGAUUAAGCAAGUCAUCAGAGAGCUAUUAACUAUAGGUUUGGCCAAUGCCAACGCUCUCAUACUCUCUGGAAGCAGUGCUGGGGGUGUUGGAGUCAUGUUGAACCUGGAUCCCAUUCAAAAGAUGUUGAGACAGUACAGCGGUAUGUCGGUCCACGGUAUCACGGACUCAGGUUGGUUCAUGGACCAACAGCCAUACGAUAUCGAGGACGAAGGGGGUUCAUCGGCGUCGCCGGUCGAAGCCGUGAAAAAGGGCAUCCCUUAUUGGCACAGUCAGAUACCAUCCAGGUGUCGGAAUCUCUACAUCAACGAGCCUUCCAAGUGUUUUAUCGGCUACAAGAUUUAUCCUACAUUGUCGGUCCCGUUGUUCGUGUUUCAAUGGUUGUAUGACGAGUUCCAGCUGAAAAAUGACGUCGGCACGCCGGUAACCAAACAACAAUGGGACUACAUACACAAGAUGGGCGAAAGGCUGCGAAAAUCAUUACUAAACGUCACGUCGGUGUUCGCCCCGUCUUGCGUUUCCCAUACGGUGCUCACGAAGAAAGACUGGAAGAACAUCAAGAUCGACUCGGUGUCCCUGCCUACGGCAUUGCACUGCUGGCAGACCGAGACGAGGUUCGCGAAGAUGAACGGCAACGGAAACGGAAACAACAAUAACUAUAACAACAACAACAGCAACAAGUCUAGCCAGUCUAGACCUGGCCGGGCGAACGGCAACCACGGUGCGGGAGGAGGCCAUAAUAACAAGAGAUUGACGAAAGUCGACAGGCAGACGGUGACCGAUAACGCGACCAAGAGGAAACAGAAUAAGAUGCAUCGAAACGAUCAUCGAUCUGGAGCAUUGAUUCAUAAGAAACGCAGACGUCACCACAAAAAUCACGGGAGCUGCAGACACCAGCAUAUUCAGAGCUGCACUUGGCCGCAGUGCAACAACUCGUGUCCAAAGCUUCAAAAUCCGGCAACAGGCGAAGAAGUGGACUUCAUCGAGCUGCUGCAGUCGUUUGGCGUGAGCAUACCAAGCCUGUCGACCGAGCUGGGAAUCGACAUGGAAUCGCUGGUACACAUGGACCAGGACGAGCUGCUGAACCUGCUCACCCAACAGUCCAAUUAA